AUGGAUGAACGCUUCUCCCUCUCUGUCAUGGUUUCCAUGGUUUCCCUUAGUGAAACUAAACCACAAUCUCUCUCUAUCUCAUUCUCUCUUCAGGAGGGGAAAGCAGACAUGUGCGCAGACAUGAACAAGACUUUCCUGUGUAACGACACCGCAAUGACGGUUGUGGUGGCUGGAGAGGCUCACCCGUGGAUGGAGACCAACUUUCCAGAGCGCAAUGUCAGCCUGGGUCUCUCCACCACCCCUCUGGACUUCCCCAUCAACCCGUGGGAUAUCAUGCUUUGCAUGUCGGGCACUGUCAUCGCCUGCGAGAACGCCAUCGUGGUGGCUAUCAUCUUCUAUACGCCAAACCUGCGCACACCCAUGUUCGUGCUCGUAGGAAGCCUAGCCACAGCGGAUUUACUGGCAGGCAUGGGAUUAAUCCUCAACUUCGUGUUCCAGUACGUCCUCUCCUCAGAGACUAUUAGUCUUAUUACUGUUGGGUUCCUAGUGGCCUCCUUCACGGCGUCCAUAAGCAGCCUGCUGGCUAUAACAGUGGACCGGUACUUCUCUUUAUACAACGCACUGACUUACUUCUCAGAGAAGACGCUCCACUACGUGCACCUGAUGCUAGUGAGCACAUGGGGCGUGUCUCUGUGCCUGGGCCUGCUGCCUGUGCUAGGCUGGAACUGCCUGGACGACCCAAGCUUGUGUAGCAUCGUACGCCCACUCACUCGCAGCAAUGUGACAUUGUUGGCGGUCUCUUUCUUCAUAAUCUUCAUACUCAUGCUGACCCUCUACUUCAAGAUCUGCAAGAUCGUGUGCCGCCACGCGCACCAGAUCGCUCUUCAACAGCACUUCUUCACCACAUCGCACUACGUGGCCACCAAGAAGGGUGUGGCCACGCUCGCCAUCAUCCUAGGCACCUUCGGCUCGAGCUGGCUACCCUUCGCCAUCUACUGCCUGGUGGGAGAGCGCGAAUACCCGUCGGUAUACACAUAUGCCACGCUGCUUCCGGCCACCUACAACUCCAUGAUCAACCCAAUCAUCUACGCCUACCGUAAUGCCGAGAUCCAGCGCUCGCUCUACGUCCUCUUCUGCGGCUGCUUUCAGAGCAACGUAGCCACCCACUCCAGGUCACCCAGUGAAGUUUAG